GUUUUACACACACAGCUGAGAGAAAAGGGAGCCAGUCAGAGAAAAAAAACGACCUCAACCCAGCCCCAGUACAGGCAGCAGCACUGGCAACCACUGUCUCUUCGUUUUACACUGGCUUUGAUAACACAAAAAGUGAUAUUUAGAUAUUUUAUUCUUCAAUGCCAUCGCGAAAAUUUACUGAGAUGGACUCAAACGGGAAUGAGUACAUGGAUCAUUGUGAGGCAUACGUGAAGAGAAGGAGGCAUGACAGCGAACAGUCUGUCUCUAGUGGAACUGGCCUGGAGUACACGGACCUGGAGGCAGCUGAAGCACUGGUGUGUAUGAGCUCCUGGGGCCAGGGCCACUUCCUCGGCAGCAACAGGCCCAACCCCUGCAAACCCAGGCCCCUCACCCCGGCUUCGGACUCCUGCGACUCCCUCUUGCCACCAGAACUUCCAGAGCCCCCGAAGGACUUUGUGUCCCUCUCCUCCCUGUGUAUGACCCCCCCUCACAGCCCCAGCUUUGUUGAGACUUCAACAUCCAGCACUGUGCUCCAGUCCAGCUCUGGCCUGGCUGUGUCCUCACAGCACUGUCGGUCCGGGCUUCCUCACCCUGUCCUGGCACCCACUGCUGAAAAGACCCCCUCCCUCCCCCCUCUGCCACAGUCCUGCAGAGCCAUGGCGACCAGCGUCAUUCGCCACACCGCAGACAGCGCCCCCUGCCAACACCACAUUCCAGUGGCCCCCAGUCCAGAGAAAACUAGAGACACCGUAACGGCUGCAACAGUCUACCAGCAGCAAAAACUGCGACAGCAACAGCAGCAACGCAUUACAAAGACUGAGCAGAUGAGCACACCUCCAUCUCCUCCUGCUCCUCUCACACCCACAUUAUUCGCCUCAAAAACAGAGCAGCAAGCCAGACCCUCAAAACCCUGUUUGGACAGCAUCUCCACCCCCACUCCUGUCAAGACCCAACUGCAAAACAGCCCAUACAGUCCCCCUGCUCCUGCAACCCUGUCCCCGCCUUCAGUCACCAGUCCUCAAAUCAUCUGCCAGAUGUUCCCUGUCAGCAGCCAAUCAGGUAUAAUCUCAGCCUUCAUCCCCAGUGCAGUCCAGACAUCCAAUACCGGGAUUCGGACCGCCACUGCGUCCAUCCUCCCCCAGCCCACCUCAGCUAACUCCGCCCCUGUCCAGCAGUCCCUCAUCAUGGGCUCAGCGAUGCCCCAGGGGACAGUGAUGCUGGUUCUCCCUCAGUCCUCCGUCUCUCAGGCCCCUCACUGCCCUCAGACUGUCAUGACCCUGGGCAACACCAAGCUGCUACCUCUGGCCCCGGCCCCUGUGUACGUGCCAGCGGGGCCCAGCGGCGGUACAACAGCCACAAAGAUGGACUUUUCCCGCAGGAGAAACUAUGUCUGCAACUUCCCAGGCUGCAGGAAGACGUAUUUUAAGAGCUCGCACCUCAAGGCUCACCUAAGAACACACACAGGUGAGAAACCUUUCAGCUGCAGCUGGGACGGCUGCGAUAAGAGGUUUGCCCGCUCUGACGAGCUGUCCCGCCACAGGCGAACACACACCGGCGAGAAAAAAUUUGUGUGUCCCGUGUGCGACCGGCGAUUCAUGCGCAGUGAUCACCUCACCAAACACGCCCGCCGCCACUUGACCACAAAGAAAAUUCCCUCCUGGCAGGCUGAUGUGCGAAGCCUGAACAAAAUGGCUGCUGGCAAAACACCUCCCUCAAAACCUGGCCUUGCCACACUGAGCAUGCUGGUGCCUGCCGGCUCAAAGUAGACAAUGAACACUGCUGCCAUCUUACCCACUCCCAAGAUACCACAGGGAGCAGCCAAGCACAUAAGGCUGCUGCUAUUUUACUCAUGGGAAUGAAAGAAAAAACAUGCACUGGACUCGUUUUCCCUCUCUACUGCUCAUUUGUACAUGUGUUUUUCUCUAAAGGUUUCUUUUGUUUACUUUGCUAUCAUCGAUAAUAUGUAUGCACUCUUGCCAAAGCCUUUGUAUGAAGUUUGUCUUUUACGUUUCACCUUCUUCACCCCUCCUGCAACACUUUUGAUCAACAGACUUUUGAUAGAUAUGUCUAUGUAAAUGUAUUGUUGGUUGUACUAUGCAUUUAUUUGUCAUAUUUGGGAAAAUGUUAACAUGAAAAACAGUGUAAAUAUGAAUAUUAAUCAUCAGUACUAUGAUUAUACCUUGAUUAUAUCUCCCUGUCUAACUUUUCAUAUUAUUUAAUACAUAUUUGUAAUAAACAAAAUAUUAAAAUAGUCA